AUGGGAGGGAGCCAGUCAUGCUUCGGCGGCGGUAGCCGGGACUACGACGAGUACGAGCAGCCGUGGCGGUCGGCGAGGAAGGUGAGGCCGAGCGACGAGGACGGGCUGUGGUACGUCGGCGAGCGGGACGUCGACAGGAAGGCCACGGAGUUCAUCGCCAGGUUCCACGCCUCCGCCAGCUACGUGGAGGCUUGA